AUCCGGGUUAGCGACACUGUCCAUGGUUAGCAGAGUAGCUGAGGGAGUGACCUUACGGAGAUUUCAACAGUAACGCAUAAAACAGUGCAAUACCACCAGCACGAAAGUGGCUGGGCAGUUCUUGUGGCUGUAACUAUGGAAAUAUGACAGAGAUGAACCGACAGGGAUAGAGAGGCAGAAGGACGGAGAGAUAUGGAUAUGGCAUAUUUCACAUUGUGUUUAUUCUGGUUUUAAUUCAAGAAAUAUAUUUGACGUUCUUUUGACGUCCUGUGUAAAUAAUGGAGAAGUCGGCGUUCAGAAGCUCGCAACCCGUGAAUAGUAAAACAAGCACGGGGUCCUCGUCAUCCUCAGAGCGGGGAAAUUCUACGAGGAAGAUCGGGAGAAGCGGCUCUCAGAGCCCCGGCUCGGGAUCGGCUGGCAGUCCUGUUGGAGGUACUGGGAGGAGGGCUGGGGGAUUGGGGAACAGCGGCGGUGUCCCGCACCAACACAAGCAGCAGCUGGAAGGAGUGUUGAGUAAAUACACAAACCUGCUUCAGGGGUGGCAGAACAGGUACUUUGUGUUGGAUAUGGAGUCCGGGCUGCUGCAGUAUUAUGUGAAUGAGCCCAGCAAGAGCCAGAAGCCAAGAGGAGUACUGCCUUUAACUGGGGCCACUGUCUCUCUCAGUGAUGAAGCCCCUCACAUGUUUGUUGUGUACUCUACCAACGGCGAGCUCUACAAACUCAGAGCUGCUGAUGCUAAGGAGCAGCAGUACUGGAUCAAUCAGCUGCAGGCCUGUGUGAAUUCCCACUCUGAAGGGAAUGCCAAGAUAAGAAAAUUGAAGGAAUCAGAUGAAAACCUCUGUGUGGAGAAGACUGGUAACAGCCAAGAUGGGCUGAGCAACGCAGCUGCCAGGAACAGAAGCUUCUCUCUACUCCCGCAUGGCGGCUCCAACUCUGCAUCGCCGAGCAGCCAGAGGCACCUGUCUCACAGUGGCGGGCAGAGCAUUGUCACAAUCACUCACCACAAGUCUCCCGCGGCGGCAAGGAGAGCCAAGAACCAGUAUCCGGGAGGGCUUCUCGAAGUCAAAGAGAUAAUGAGCCAGGCAGAGGGCCAGCAGAAGAACCUUGUGCAGUCUAUUGAGUCUCUCCCAACUAGAGGGUCUCUGUCAGCCUUGGACCAGGACCUGCUGCUCCUCAAAGCUACCUCAGCUGCUACGCUCAGCUGCCUUGGGGAAUGCCUGAAUAUCCUGCAGAAGAAUGUGAGCCGAGUGACCCAACAGAGCAAGCCACUGCCUACAGAAAUUGUUCCAGGGUGGCCUGGGCCGAAGUCCAGCUCUGCUGAGCAGCUAAAGAACGGCGGAUUGACUCCUUUACCUUCUACCAGUGCCAACCUGUCCUGGUCGACCGAACCUUCCCCUUCUCAGAGCAACAAAGGACUAAAGCACAGCUUGGAGCCCCCAGGUUCAGAGGUGAUCGAUCUGAAUGAGGAGGUGACUGACACAGAGGACAAUGAAGAGGAGGAUCUAGGAGUCAUGGACGAUCAGCGAAGCAUCAUCCUUCAUCUCCUCUCCCAGCUCAAGCUGGGGAUGGACCUCACCAGGGUUGUGCUUCCCACCUUCAUCCUGGAGAAGAGGUCCCUGCUGGAGAUGUAUGCUAACUUCAUGGCGCACCCAGACAUGUUCAUCACCAUCACGGACGGUUCCAGCCCCGAGGACAGGAUCAUCAGCUUCGUGGAGUACUACCUGACCGCUUUCCAUGAGGGUCGCAAGGGUGCCGUGGCCAAGAAACCCUACAACCCCAUCAUCGGCGAGACCUGCCACUGCUCUUGGGACGUGCCUAAAGACAAAGUCAAACCCCUGAGGACUUACAACACGUCUGCCAUCCUCAAGGACCAGGCCAAAAUCCAGGGCCUGGAGCCUUGCGGGGACCAGGCUGACUGCUACAAAGUGCGCUUUGUGGCGGAGCAAGUGUCCCAUCAUCCGCCUGUGUCAGGGUUUUACUGUGAGUGCAAGGAGAGGCAAAUGUGUGUAAACGCACACGUCUGGACGAAGAGCAAGUUCAUGGGGAUGUCCAUAGGAGUGUCCAUGGUUGGGGAAGGAGUUCUGUGCCUUAUGGAGCAUGAUGAGGAGUAUGUUUUCACGCUGCCUUGCGCCUAUGCACGCUCGAUACUCACCAUUCCUUGGGUGGAGCUGGGGGGCAAAGUCACAAUCAACUGUGCCAAGACUGGCUAUUCAGCCACCGUCACAUUCCACACCAAACCUUUCUAUGGAGGGAAAGUCCACAGGGUGACAGCCGAAGUCAAACACAACCCUACCAACACCAUUGUGUGUAAGGCACAGGGGGAGUGGAAUGGAACCCUUGAGUUCACCUAUAGCAGUGGAGAGACCAAAGUGAUUGACACCACCAAACUGCCAAUCAUCCGGAAGAAAAUCAGGCCAGUGGAGAAACAGGGGCCAUACGAGUCAAGACGCCUGUGGCAGCAUGUCACCAGUGCACUGAAGGACGGGAACAUUGACAUGGCUACUGAGCACAAACACAUCCUGGAGGAGAGGCAGCGAGCCGAGGAGAGGCAGAGAGCAGCCGCUAACAUGGCCUGGAAGCCCAAAUACUUUAUAAAAGAGGGAGAAGGCUGGGUGUACCAUAGUCCACUCUGGAAAACACAGUGAUGAGAGUUCAUCCAUAAAACAGCCUGGCCAGCUACAGAAGCCAUCUGGGGAAAAGGCAACAAGCUACUGGAUACAGAAAUGUCAGCUACAAACCUCUGAAUAGCGAAGAAUUAGAUGAAGGCAGCAAGCUCCAGAUGCCUUCUAAAACAAAAGCCAUCCUUGUAUAUACUCCUAGUAUAAACAGCGAUAACAUUCAGGGGGUUAAGGUGGGUGGGAGAGACCGUUUUUAUUAUUGCAAGUAGAAUAUUUCUAUUUCUCACUUUGCCAAGGCUUCUUUUGCACUUGUACAAAGUGAUUUAGCCACUUCUUCUUCCUCUUCACACUAUGUACUGUAUUAUACAGCUCAUCCUGCCAGUGCAAAGCAAGUGCUCCUCCUUUAGGUUGAGAGAAUACUCUUCAGCAGCAUGAAUCCCCUCUCUUCCAAGAGAAGCAAUACAGAACCGUUGCAGUGUGUUGCUGGAAUGCUGCAGUAUUACUUUGCAAACAUCUUUUUAUGUAUGUCUGUUACACAUUGUUUAUGCUCAUGAUCAAUAUGUGUCUUGCCUUAUGAUUUAUUUUUCUUUCUUUCUGCCAAUCAGUAACACCAAAUUGAUUCCUGAGUUAUUGUUAUGUAAGGGUCUUUGGAUUCAUGCAUUUGCUUUGUAGUCUUCCCCUUGAUGUAUUGAGAUGUUCUGGUGUUUAUAAGAAAA